AGGACCAGCACGGUAAUUUGGUACUAAAAUCCUUUCCUGUCGCGGAGGACAAGGGGCAAUAACAUCUUGUAUUGCAGCUAAAAAGUCCUCGUGUAGUAAACCAACAUAAACAAGAAGAGAAACUACAGGUGGCUUUCGGUUUCGUCGUUUCGCUUUUAUUUCCUACCUACUUGUUUUUACACUCAAUCUCAAAGUGUUAAGAAAGUACAAGUAAGUACCUACUAGAUACAACUUCAGCCAUACUACUUAUUCCAUUCGUCCCUUCGCGCCGGAUCAUGAAGAAGAAGACCAACGCCUUCGUCCUCACGGCAGUAUCCACAGCCUCUUGGUGGCUUGAGCAGCAGCAACAGAACAGGAGCAACCUGCUGAAUAUUAGCCUUGUCCCUGGGUGCGUUGCGGUGGAAGUGUUGGCUUUGAUGAAAAACAAGAUGCAGGAAAACAUGCAGGAGAGGAUGAACAAAAAAACCGAGAGCAAGAGGAACCCGCAUGGAGACUGUGAACCCCUCCAAGAAGAAUUUUACGAAACGCUGAACUGUUGCGAUGACAAGGGAAAAAAUACGCCCACUGCCGUAGUUGGAGCGGCCGACCCAUGUGACGCUGCAAAGCAGGAGUUGCUGACCCUCAACGAGUACUGUCUCACUGGGCCCGGGAGAACAGACGCCUGCUGGUUGCGUCGGGGGACGAAAAGUGUCGCCGAUUACGAUCAAGUGGAAUUGGUCGACGCGGCAAUGUGCGACACCAUUGACAACGAGAAACAAGACCGGUGGUGGAAGCAUCGGUGUGGGCAGGACGGGCUUGUCACCACGUGUGCAGCCACCUACAAGGACGUAUGCAUUGCAAAAAUGUUUGUGUCUGGAAGAAUGCAAGAUUUGUGAUGCAGGUUUUCCAUGUCCCACGAGGUCUGGAAUGCGAGACCCAGCAUGACAGAUUCUUUGAGGUCUCUAGCAUGCCUUUCCUGCAUGAGAAACUCCCUCUCAACUUGGUCAAAAGGGGACAGCUUUUGGCACUCAUGCAACACAGAUUUCUGCAUGAUUCGGAUUUAGCAUGACAAGUUGGAAUCUUCCAGACCCAGACAUUUUUGCAAUCCAUAGGACGCCGACACCUGCAACGACGCGGCCAGGACCGACUUAUGUCAUAGGAAAAAAGUGAAUAGAUGCAGCUACACAUUUGAAGUGGCAAGUAUACUUGCGGGAUAGUGCUGCAGAGAUCAUCUCUGAGAUGAUAAGUAGGGAAAAUACACGAUAUGUAUGAAACUGAGCUCCCAAGCUGCAUUGAUUGCAUUGUCCGGCAUGAUAUUAGACAACAAGUCUGUCUUGCUUGGCAGUCAGCUACUCAACGAAUGUGUAACUGUUAUGAAACGCUUAGUUUUUCUUUGUUCCAUACGAGACUGGGAAAUGCCACUGGAAUGGUACAACUUGUGCGUUUCGGGACUUCGGCACGGAAGACAACAAAGGCUUUUUCUUUUGCGAUGCGCUAGCGGACGAGAAGACCUGUGAACUGGCAUCCACGCCGGGACAGGCGCCCUACGGAGGGAAUUGUAGAUGGUAUGUGGGGUUGAAGUACUGCGACUACGUGGCUAGCUAUGUAAGGAAAAAAGUGCUGCACACGUAAAACGUUCUUACGGUUACGACCUAGUAGCGAGAAGUGGGCCACGCAUCCUCGCGUUCUUGGUUUUGCAGGACCGAGGACCGCGCAGACAACCGUCUGUGGUGCCGCCCGACGACAUAAGUAAGUACUUCCGAGCCCCCUGUAGUCAUGAUGCGUGUUAUAAUCGACGACGUCGUGUACCUGUAGGGUUAAACUUAAUCUUAAUAUGUAAAGAUCUCCGGUUUUUUGCAAGAGCAAGGUUUCGUCGUCAUGCGCAUGCAGAGAGAGCAAGUCUUCUGUUGAACGUCGGCCACCCCAAGCCAGGGGGGCGCACCCGCCUGGGCGAGCACUGGCUGCAGCCACCCGGCCCCAAAGAACAGGCACGCCACCUUUGUUCAUCUUCCCCUCCUGCUCCCGAUGUUCCGAGGGGAAUGAAAUAUCCUGCGCCCGCCCAACUACAAUUAUAUCGCACCGUGGCGCGCUCUUUGCCGCGUGCAAAAUUUCAAAUCGGCAACAGAAAAAAGCCCGCCGAAUGCGUAAAAGCCAGGGGCCGCGAUGGCUCUUCAGGCGGUCGCGAGCGGGCCCCACGGCAGCAGCGGCGCUGCGAAUAUGCGCAGCGCCGAGCAAAAAUCCCGCGAAACCUCACGCCCGACUCAAGGUCCCGAAAGAUGGCCGGCCCAAGAAUCUUGGUUUUUUCCCGGUUUUUUUUUCCGCAUCUGGCCAAUUCUUGGCCAAAAAGGGCCUUUUUGGCCAAGAAAUCCACUUUUUGGCCAAGAAUUGGCCAAAAGGGAGAAAAAAAUCCGGGAAAAAGCCAAGAUUCUUGGUUCGGCCAUUUGUUUGCGAGGAAGGAUUUGGCUCAUUGCUUGGCAAUUUGCGAAGGAAAACGCCGCGCGGUGGGCCGCUUCCGAAGGGCUUCGUGGCCGCCACACCCAUAGACGAAACGCGCCCGCGGGGGUCAGCAAUCAUCGCAGAGGUUGGGGCGCGCGGGAGCCCCCAGGACAAAGCCGCGCAGGCAAUAACACACGCCCACACGACCGCAAAACGGCUGCGCCUGCUGCGACGUGAAUGCCAGCGCCCAGGCCUUGAAGGGUGCAAAAUAAGGCGCACCCGCAGGCAUCGGCGCCGCCAUUCUUUCUACAGUCAGGGCCCGGGACGGCGUGCGCUGUGUUGGCUGCUAUGGCCCCGCGCUUUUUCCUGUUUUCGGUUUGCUUCUUUGGCAGCCAAGGGAGACUUCCCCCCGGAUGUCAGUCAAACAGCAAGGCGAGCAUAUUUGAAAGCAGCCACCCAGGCUGCGGGGUUUUGGUUUGUUUUUCCGAAGCCAAUUUUCCCGAGGGGCAACGGCCGGGCCUAUGCAAGGCCAUUCGCAGCCCGCAGGAGCGCCGCCGCUUAUUAAGUUCUCCGUGUCCCGCCUCCUGGCGUUUUCCAUGUAUGCCAAGAAGUUCGCAGCAAAAUUUGCUGCCAAACUACUAGCGGCGCCUCGUUGAUUGUGUGCGCCAGCAGGCGCAGGGCGCAACCUUGGCUCUUCCUGGCGUCCCUUGCCCCCCCCCCCUUUGCGUGACUCUUUGUGAUUCUGCUUUAGGCCACAGGCCUCGGCGAAGGAAAUUUCGCUCGGUGUGCGGGGUGGCAGAGCUCGUAGGCGGGGUCUGUUGCCCAUUUCGCCUGAAGUCAUUGCGGCUUUAUUUCGGUUAUUGGUGUGCGGCCAAAGAGCAGGCCGACCGCUAACAGUGCUCGAGCAAAAGCAUCGCCAAAGCAUCCGCGUCAGGCCUUCCCUGCUUUCGGUUCUUGGCGGUGGUGGCCAGCCGGGCGUUGUCGUUUCGUCGGCACAGACAUUGGCUGCGGACAGCCGAAACGGUGCGGACCACGAAAAUUCUUGGUUUUUUUCGUGUCCCGUUUUGCAUUUUGUCCGUUCAUAGUUUUUUGCAAGAGCAAGGUUUCGUCGUCAUGCGCAUGCAGAGAGAGCAAGUCUUUCUUGUCCAAGUAGUUCUUUGUACUCUGCUCUAAAAAAACAGUUACUGGAAUAAGUGGUGUAAAAAUGAAGGCACUUUUUUCCUUUGAUACCAUUGCGGGAGCUGGAACCAUGGCUCGUCCGGCUAGCGUGGCGGGGACUGCUGGAGACGCCAGCGGAAGUGGAGGUGAGAGCGCGGGAGGCGUCGAAGG